AUGUCAAACACCAAAAAAUAUGAAAUACAACUCAUAAAUAAAGGGCAAAUAAACCUAAAUCUUCAUUACAGACCAUAUGCUUGGGAUUGGUGGAUUCAAGAUUCAAAAACUUCAAAUAAUAGCAUACUAACUCUUCCUUUUCAUCUUUAUAUGAACGUAAUAACUCAAAUAAAUGGUUAUGAUUUUUUUUUAUCUAUUGUUAAGAGGCCCUCAAAUCCCUUACAACCAGGUUUUUUGUGUUCUGUUGGAGAAAAAAUUAGUAAUAUACAAGAUACUCCUUCAGCCGCUAUUAACUUACUAUAUCAAGAAGUAUUUGGAACUAAAACUGCAUAUUCGGGUUUAGCAGUAUUUGGGUUCUACAACGAAAAUAUUAGAUCAGAAAUACUUGCUGAUAUUUACUUUUUUGCAUUAUAUAUAAGUUUUGAUAAGUUUUCUAUAGUGGUCUCAAAAAUCGAGUAUUCUUCACGAAAAGAUUUUCUAUAUGCUGGUUCUGGUUACACAUCAUCCUUAAUGACACAUCGUGGGUCAGAGACUUACCUUAUUUUACAGCAAAUUUUGGAUAAUCAGU